AGGAAAGCUUCGGAGGGCGAGACGCGGCCGGAGCGAGACCCGCAGCCGCCCGCCCGCCGCGCCAUGGCCUCGCAGAACGCCGACCCCGGCGCCGCCCCCCGCGCCCCCAGCAAGGCGGCCGAACCCGGCGGGGGCGCCGCGCGGGGCUCCGUCCGCCGCAGGCUGCAGCAGGAGCUGAUGACGCUGAUGGUGUCCGGAGACAGCGGCAUCUCAGCCUUCCCGGAGUCAGACAAUCUCUUCAAGUGGAUCGGGACCAUCAACGGCGUGGCUGGGACGGUGUAUGAGGACCUGAGGUACAAGUUGUCCUUGGAGUUCCCCAGCGGGUACCCCUAUAAUGCCCCCAGUGUCAAAUUCCUCACUGCCUGCUACCACCCCAACGUGGACCUGCAGGGGAACAUCUGCUUGGACAUCCUCAAAGACAAGUGGUCAGCUCUGUACGACGUCCGGACCAUCCUGCUCUCCAUCCAGAGUCUGCUGGGAGAACCAAACAUCGAGAGUCCUUUGAAUACGGAGGCUGCCGAGCUCUGGAAGAACCAAGCCGCCUACAGAAAAUACCUCCACGAGUCGUAUGCAAAACACACGAAGAGCCAGGAGACUUGAUGUCCUCCCCAGCUACCACCACUUCAUGGUGGGGGGGGGGGGUGCGUCUUCUCCCUUUUCUGUUUUAUCCUUGUAUUUUAUGUACUUCAGCCCCUGUUGUAUUAUAGAUCAUUUAAAAGUUUAUUUGGCUUUUUUUCCUGGUGUUAAUGUAUAAAUAAACAUGUUUUGUUUUUAUGAA